AUGAAUGACUAAUGAGGACUCUCUCACACACACACAGGAGCAGUUCGAUCGGGCUUAGUGUGUGUGUGUUCACUUGUGCUUGCUUUCUUGUGCUGCUGGUGGUGUUGGUGGAUCAGUUUGUUGAAAUAAAGAAAUUAACAGAAAUUAAGCUAGGAUAUCAUUGUACAUAGAUUUGCAUAGAUUUGCAUAGAUUCAUAGAUACUUGGAUAGAAGGUCUUUUCACCGCUUUGCCGUGCGAGAAGUGCGCGAGUGAAUAAAAAGACAACUUAAUUUCUGUUUAUUGUAGGUACCUAUAUUAAAAAAUAUUUAUUGAAAUAAAGUAUCGCUUUGGGACGUGGUCUGGAUCCAAGUGCUCCAGACAAUAAGGCACCAGAAUGAGUGGAAUACUUAAGCUAUCGAGUUUUCUUGCCAAGCAACCAACUCAAACUUUGAAUAAAUUGAGUUUACCAAUAUUUGAAGCAACAAGAAAAUUACACAAUGCUGAUGGAAGAUUAGCAAAAGUAUCUGAUGGAAUAUCAAAACAAUAUCCAAUUAUUGAUCAUACAUAUGAUGCAGUUGUUGUUGGUGCUGGUGGAGCUGGUUUACGUGCAGCAUAUGGUCUUGUCGCUGAAGGAUUUAAAACAGCUGUUAUUACAAAAUUAUUUCCAACAAGAUCUCAUACUGUUGCUGCACAAGGUGGCAUUAAUGCUGCAUUAGGAAAUAUGGAAGAUGACAAUUGGCAAUGGCACAUGUAUGACACUGUCAAAGGAUCUGAUUGGCUUGGUGAUCAAGAUGCUAUUCAUUACAUGACUCGUGAAGCACCAAAAGCUGUUAUUGAACUUGAAAAUUGUGGUAUGCCAUUUAGCAGAACAACUGAUGGUAAAAUUUAUCAGCGAGCUUUUGGUGGACAAUCUUUAAAAUUUGGCAAAGGUGGACAAGCUCAUCGUUGUUGUUGUGUUGCUGAUAGAACUGGUCAUUCACUUCUUCAUACACUCUACGGUCAAUCACUCAGUUAUGAUUGUAAUUAUUUUGUUGAAUAUUUUGCUCUUGAUCUUCUUAUGGAAGACGGUGAGUGUCGUGGUGUAAUUGCAUUGUGUCUUGAAGAUGGUACUAUUCAUCGUUUUCAUUCGAAAAAUACUGUAUUAGCAACUGGUGGUUAUGGUCGUGCAUAUUUUUCAUGUACAUCAGCUCAUACAUGUACUGGUGAUGGUACAGCAAUGGUAACACGUGCUGGUUUACCAAAUCAAGAUCUUGAAUUUAUACAAUUUCAUCCAACUGGUAUUUAUGGAGCUGGAUGUCUUAUAACAGAGGGUAGUAGAGGUGAAGGUGGAUAUCUUGUUAAUAGUGAAGGUGAACGUUUUAUGGAACGUUAUGCACCAGUUGCUAAAGAUCUUGCAUCACGUGAUGUUGUAUCAAGAUCAAUGACUAUUGAAAUACGUGAAGGACGUGGUGUUGGACCAGAAAAAGAUCAUAUUUAUCUUCAAUUACAUCAUUUACCACCAGAACAAUUGGCUGCAAGAUUACCUGGUAUAUCAGAAACAGCAAUGAUAUUUGCUGGUGUUGAUGUUACUAGAGAACCAAUUCCAGUAUUACCAACAGUACAUUAUAAUAUGGGUGGUGUACCAACAAAUUAUAAAGGACAAGUUUUAACUAAAACAAAUGAUGGUAAAGAAAGUGUUGUUGGUGGUUUAUAUGCAUGUGGUGAAGCAGCAAGUGCAUCAGUACAUGGUGCUAAUCGUCUUGGUGCAAAUUCAUUAUUGGAUCUUGUUGUUUUUGGACGUGCUUGUGCUAAAACAAUUGCACAUGAAAAUAAACCUGGUGAAAAAAUUGGUAAAUUAAGUAGUAAUGCUGGUGAAGAAUCUAUUGCUAAUUUAGAUAAUAUUAGAAAUUCAAAUGGUACAAUACUCACUGCUGAGCUAAGAUUAAAUAUGCAAAAAACAAUGCAACAACAUGCUGCUGUAUUUAGAAUGGCUGAAACAUUACAAGAAGGCUGCAAAAAAAUGACAGAUAUUUACAAAAAAAUGGAUGAAAUAAAAAUUGUUGAUAGAUCAAUGAUAUGGAAUUCUGAUUUAGUUGAAACAUUGGAAUUACAAAAUUUAAUGGUCAAUGCUGUACAAACAAUUUAUGCUGCUGAAAAUAGAAAAGAAAGUCGUGGUGCUCAUGCUAGAGAAGAUUUUAAAGAUAGAAUUGAUGAGUAUGAUUACAGUAAGCCACUUGAAGGACAACAACCAGUACCUUUUGAUAAACAUUGGAGAAAGCACACAUUAACCACACUUGACAUAAAAACUGGACAGGUAUCAAUUGAUUAUAGACCUGUUAUUGAUGAAACACUUGAUUCACAAGAGUGUGCAACUGUACCUCCAGCAAUUCGCUCAUAUUAAAUAUUUUAAUUGUUAUUAUUAUUAUUAUUAUUAUUAUUAUUUAUUAGUUGGCACGAAUUGUUUUUAAUUAAUUAAAUAAAAUUUGUGUAUGAUUAUCAAAUAAUCAUUGUCGUUUGUUAUAUACAAAUUAUUACGACAAAAUUUAAUAAUUCAGCUUAAAUAUAACAAAAGCCACCAAAGUUAUUUCUUUUCACUUAAAUAAUUGUAUGAAAAUAUUAUGGUGCUGUAUCAGUAUAUCAGUAUACAUAUUUUUGUUUUUUAAAAUUUUUUCUAGAUGAUUUCAUUUUGCAGGUAUUAAAUUUAAUUUGUACUUAAUUUGAACAUCAACGUUUUAUUAAAACUUCAUAUAAUACUUUGAUAAUAAAUAAAAUAUUUGAUAAUGAUUAUUAAAAUUGUUUGAAUAAAAAACGUCAUUUUAAUUUUCUCGACUUGUUAUGUGAUUUUAUUGAUUUUAUUUAACAACAUAAAACAGCUUCACUUUGCAAUGUACAUAUAUAUAAUAUAUAUACAAUGGCUGCCAUUUAAUUAGUGCUAGUUACUAGUUAUAUUAGUACAUUAUCCUUAUGCAAUAAAGACACGUGUUAUCGAUCUUCUUGGCAUUUGAUAGUAUAUUUCUUUCUUUCGCCAUUGUCGAUGUCAUGAAUAAAUUUCCAUGCAAGUUUACUUCCUGUACGUUAUAUUCGGCCAAUUAUUUCCAAAGUUUUCCGUAAAUUUUUAUUAUAUAUAACAAUGAGUUAAAUAUAUAUGUACUAUGAUUAUUUUAUUUCAUUUUAUCUGGUUUGAUUUGAUAUGACAAUAAAACUUGGGUGAAGCAUCUGCUAUUAAUAGACAAAAUAAUAAA